UGCACCCCGUUCUGGACGCAACUAAUUGCGCAUGCGUAAAUUUAUCAAAACAUCGAAUAAAGAGCAUAGACAGUAUGAUAAAGAGGGGUGACCGCAUGAAGAUAUUUAAAUAAAACAAUGCCUUAUCGAGUGUGCGCUGGCUUCAGUUUAAUCUCGGUGUGACAGCUCGGUGAGUAAAUCAGAGGAUGGACAACGUUACCGUGUCAGCCUCUGGUGGGUCAGCAGAAGACAUGGAGGGGAUCUGUGUAAUGCCGGACUUGAGUGCCAUCAAGACUGAGCAGUCGGUAGGAGCGAGCCCAGAUGACACGGGCGCCCAAAAUGUGGCUAUGGGCAUCAAGUUCAUCCUGCCCAACCGCUUUGACAUGAACGUUUGCUCAAGAUUUGUCAAGUCGCUCAACGAGGAGGACAGCAAGAACAUCCAGGACCAGGUCAACUCUGAUCUGGAGGUGGCUUCUGUUUUAUUCAAAGCUGAGUGCAACAUCCAGACCUCACCUUCCCCGGGGAUACAAGUGCGCCACGUUUAUACGCCAUCCACCACCAAACACUUCUCCCCCAUCAAACAGUCCACCACACUCACCAAUAAACACCGUGGCAAUGAGGUUUCUUCCACACCUCUUUUGGUGCAUUCUUUGUCCAUUCAUCAGCUUGCAGCCCAGGGUGAAAUGGUGUUUCUGGCCAGCAGGAUUGAACAAGAGACUGUCAUCAACCUCCAAGAUGAAGAAGGCUUUACCCCCCUGAUGUGGGCAGCUGCACAUGGACAAAUCGCUGUGGUCGAGUUUCUGCUCCAAAAUGGUGCCGAUCCCAACCUCCUGGCCAAAGGGAGGGAAAGUGCUCUGUCCUUGGCCUGCAGCAAGGGAUACACUGAUAUUGUGAAGAUGCUCAUUGACUGUGGUGUUGAUGUCAAUGAAUAUGACUGGAAUGGAGGAGCCCCUUUGCUGUACGCUGUCCAUGGGAACCAUGUGCGCUGUGUUGAAAUCUUGUUAGAGAGUGGUGCUGAUCCUACCAUUGAGUCAGAUUCCGGAUUCAAUGCAAUGGACAUGGCUGUGGCUAUGGGCCACCGGAAUGUUCAACAGGUGAUGGAGGCGCACUUACUGAAGUUACUGAUGGCAAUCAGAGAAUGAACUGCGACGCCUGAGGAAAACAAAAAUCCUGAAGGGGCGCCGCUCGGCUCUGGACAAUCAUGUAGCACGCCCACGCUGUCGGCCAACGGGACUAUUUUGUUCCACUAAGUGAUAUUUUAACAGCGUUAACCUAACCUUAUUUAGUUGCCAUCAUGCACAUGAAGCUUUGCACUGUGUGACUUUUCAAUUUUAACUUCUUCAAACUGUCUUACUCUUUACACUUUUCACAUUGAAUGCAGCAGUAGCAUAUCUGAUCUGGACACAAUGGCAGAUUUUUCUAUAAGAACAUAAAACAAAGUUGAAGUUUCUCACUUCAGCCCAGCAUGCACUGCACUCCACCUGUAGUAUGCUGCCAAAUGUGGAGAGCACUUUACCUAAAAACAUGUAGGUUUUGAAUCUUUUCAUAUCGUAUAUUACAUUACAUGCAAUCAUUGGCUGUUCCAACCUAGUCCCGUAGUGGCAAGUGUUUUUUUUUUUUUUUAAACGUAUUAACCGUUAUAAGAAACCGUUUUUAAGAGUGAAAGAAUAUUAAUGUAAUCUGUUGAAUUGCCUCAUGCUCAUACCGUCUGGUCUUCAUGGUGAGCCCAAGCACAUUCAGUCUGUGGCUCAUUCACUUCUGAAGACUGGAAGUGGAUUGGAAAUACGUUCUCGCAGACUGGAAUGCACACGGUACCGGCUGUUUGCGGAUCCUGAAGAUCUUUGUGUUGGUUGUACCGAGUUUAUUUAUUUUUUGCGUUGUAAUGCGAUAGAAUUCUCAUUGAUGUAUGUGUAUUGUGAUACCAAUGUCCACUGAUGUGUAGUGAAUUUUAAAAGACCUCAUUUGAAUUGUCCCACAAGGUUAUUGUGGUGCCGUUUGCCACUGUACGAUGGUGCUCGUGUUUUACACCAGUCAGAGGUGGUGGAUUAACAAAUAACUUGUACUGACCUCAGUAUCGCCCAUCCUUCUGUACAGAUAUUUAACUGAUAGCAAGUUGAAAAGGUCAAACCACUGUUUUGUAAUCACUGAUAUAAAGCGGUUAUUUAAUUAAAAGAUCUUUUUAAACUGCA